AUGGAGCCAGAUGAGAAAAUCCUUGAGCACUCGCCACUACUGCACACAGAAAAUAAGAAUAAAUUAUACCUACGCUUAUUGCAGAAGAAUUACACAGUGGCCCAGGUGAAAAGGCUUUUCAGUGAACUGUACAAGUACAACAUUCUCUACUUCUGCGGUAUUCCAACAAAAGAAGAGCUGGAUGAUCUGAAUGCAUUUCCUAGUGAGAAUAAUGCUCUGCUGGAAAGUUUAGAGAAGACGUCUUUUGAGAGUGCUGGUAUUUGUGCAAAUAAGAUGAGUGGAGAAGACUGUAGUAAAACAGAAAAAAAGAACAAAAUAGAUAGCGAUGAAAAGGCGUGUGUGAACAAUAGUGUUGACAAUCUUUAUGCUAAGAGAUGUUUUGACAGCUACCAUCUGCGGGACAGGAAUGACCUCUAUGUCUUUGAAGAAGAUAAAAACACCAGUGAUUUUGAUAGAAUCUUUUUAUCCUCUUAUGGUAAAUAUCUUCGAGGUGAGUAUCUCAGCGCUAGAGAAGGAGUGGAGAUACUACUGCGAAAGAGCACUCUGAGCGGUGUGCACUUUGGGUGCCGCAUGCACCUUCUCUCGCUUGGCUCUGCUUCGUCUUACAAAUCAGGCGGAUACUACGAUGCCGUGUGGCUGGCAAAGGCAGGAAAAAUAUUGGCAGAAAAUGUUGGAUUUAUGAAGGGCAUGGAGUACUUUCAGAACAUGCUUAUGAUAAUAGAGUCUGCAAAAGAAAGCAGGGAAGUAUCCAGCGAGUAUCAGUACACUUUGAUAUCGCCCAAAAUAGACGAACAGCUCUCUAUUCCCGUUACCUUAGAGGACAAGAUCAGUAGAUGCGUCCAGUAUGGAAGUGAAAUUACCCUGCUCAGAGAUGUAAAAAUAUACGACUCAAGAGAAGUGCAAAUGCACACAAUGGAAAACAACUCUAUUUCAGAGUAUAUCAACAGAAUCAAAGGCAUUGGCGAGAAGUGCAGAGAUAUAUCUCCCAUUGUGGUAUACUCCAUCGAUGGAUGCAUUGCCUUUGGCCUUAUAUACUACAAUGAAAAGGCUAAAAUGUCCGUUAUUAAAUCAAAAAUAUCUGUUAAAAGCAUCCUUGGCCGGCUGUCAAAGAUACAAGCACAGAACAAGGAAAUUCUCAAAAGAGUGUGCACGACCGCUGAAGAAAAACAAGACUGGUGGAAGGCAAGGAUUUCUCUGGACAACGAAAUAAAAAAAGAAAUAGUAAAUAUCGAUGUGUACUUGCAGAAGUACGUAAAAAAAGGGCACGAAAUAAAAAAAAGAGUGGCGCUGGUGAUUGAAGAUGUUCUGGGAAGCGUGCCCUUUGAAAUGUGCAACACAUUUGUGCAUUCGGGCGUAUUUAGAUGUUCUUCUCUCUGCCACAUUCUUGCAUGCAAUGAUUCUCAUGUAGACGCAGAUCCUGUCGACGAUUCUGACUUUUUCUAUGUUCUAAACCCAGAAAAAAACCUCAUGCAAACAGAAACACGCAUUCUAGAGUUCGUGCAGCGGUGCAUACCAGGCGCCACGGGAAUCAAAAAUAGGCCUCCUCUCCCAAUGGAGGCGGAGCAGGCAAUUAUGUCGCAUAAAAUUUUUAUGUACUUUGGACACGGCGGAGGAGAAAAGUUCUUUGCUCCCAGGAAGCUUAAGAGAAUUGCCGCUGAUAGCUCUGAAGUGAGAACAAAAAGCAUAUUUCUGUUUGGGUGCUCGAGUGCCAAAGUUUCUGCUUUUUCUAUGUACAACACACACAGCACCUGUAUAUCAUAUAUGCACAUUCCGAUGGUUAAAAAUGUGGUGGGCGCUCUGUGGGACAUAACAGAUAGAGAUCUAGACAUAACAAGCAUUGGGAUCAUGAAGUCCAUUAAAGAGAAAAAAGAGCCUCUGUCCGUUUCCCUAAACAGACUGAAGAGAGAGUGCAAGCUGAGAUACCUCAACGGAGCAGCAAUUGUGUUGUAUGGAAUUGAUGAAUAG